AGCUUUCAAUGACGACAGCGACUCGGUAUUGACGAACUUCCUGAUUUGUGCUAAAAUUUCGCUUUAAACCAUGGCAUGGCAACUCUGUAACCGACCGACUGCCAUUCAUCUUUCCCAACUCCAACUAAGAGUCAACAAUGGGUGCAUCCGGAUCAAAAGCAGCACAGAACACCGUGCGUAAAUUUCCAUCCCGCGCUCCGGGGUCCUCGCCGGCGGCGACUACGAAGCCUGCGACGAGGACAACACCGCGACCGGCCCCGGCCCCCUCGGCAGAUGCGCACCUACGAUCGCGGCCCCAAGCUUCGUACGCAAAGGAUGACGAAAUCCGCGCGGACUCGAUGGAUCCGGAUCGCCCCGACUUCAUCGGCCCAGAGUAUGCCGAUCGGCUACGGCAAAUGGGCAUUGCGCAGCCGAACCCAAUAUUUUCUCCGUCCUCAAUAGCAUCGCCCUUCCAAGAUGUGUCCGGGAUUAAGCAAUCCUUAUCAACGCCGCGCUUCCCCUCAUCCGCUAACAACGCAACCCUCGGUGUCCUCGAGACUCGGCGGCGUCUCGAGGCUCAGGCCAAAGACGAACUUGAAAAUAUGGGCAAAUCGACCGAUCAGGGAAGGGCGUUCCUAGACAUUGGCACAGUCAAGCAGAUACUAGUGCUGCGACAGCGCGGCGAGUCGGCAGCGGAGAUUGAGUCGCGCUUGAGGCUCAAGCCGGGCAUUGUUGCGAGGUUAGGCCCGCAGGGCAUGGUAGCUCCUGCGUCAUAAACUGCAGGUGCGCAUCACGGGAAACAGGUCAUGGCUUGCAUUACUGGGCGUACUGGAUGGCACCAAUGGAAACCAACCCGAGGCUCCGUUCUAUGUACAGCACCGCUCGGGUACACCCCCGCGAAGACCU